UGUGUGUGUCUCUCUCUCUCUCUCUGAGAAAGAUAAGAAAAUUUAGCUGGAUUUCUCUCUUUCUUUCGUUUAUCUGAAACAAUUUUCAGUCUUCUCUUUGCUUCCUGGAAUUUCUCGAACGACCAACCACCAUGUUCAUGGAUCAAUUGAAUUGGGAGCUUCUAGGUCUCAAUUCCUUCAUUGAUACAACUGUUCCAAGGCAGAGCAUUAUCCCUAGUGUGUUGAAGAUGUAUUUGGUUGAGAGCAAAGGGGUUGCUAUAGCAUGUAUGCUGGUUGCUCUGUUGUUCUUGGGAACAUGGCCUGCUAUCUUAACCCUUUUAGAGAGGCGAGGCCGGCUUCCUCAGCACACUUACCUUGAUUACACCAUCACCAACCUCUUGGCCGCGGUUUUCAUUGCUUUCACUCUUGGUGAGAUUGGCAGCAGCACACCUCUAGAACCAAAUUUCCUCACUCAACUUUCUCAGGACAAUUGGCCCUCUGUUUUGUUCGCAAUGGCUGGUGGAGUGGUCCUAAGCCUUGGAAACCUGUCCACACAAUAUGCUUGGGCCUUUGUUGGCUUAUCGGUGACUGAAGUAAUCACUGCAAGCAUAACUGUUGUCAUAGGCACAACCUUAAACUAUUUCUUGGAUGGCAAGAUCAAUAAAGCCGAGAUUCUUUUCCCCGGUGUUGGAUGCUUCUUGGUUGCUGUUUGUCUUGGCUCCGCUGUUCAUGCAUCCAAUGCAGCUGAUAACAAAGCGAAGCUUAGUGGUUUAUCAAACGAUCACGAAACUUGGAAAAGGGCAGGAGACAUUUCUGAAUCAGAACCAAUCCAUCUGAACCUAGAUGGAGCAAUGGGUCUGGAGAAAGCAAAUAUUUCUGCUGAGAAAGAGAAGUCAAAAUUUGGGAGUGCUGAUUUUCUUAUAGAGCUUGAGAACAGAAGGGCAAUUAAGGUAUUCGGGAAGAGCACUAUGAUUGGAUUGGCCAUAACAUUCUUUGCUGGAGUUUGCUUCUCUCUCUUCUCACCUGCAUUCAACCUGGCAACAAAUGAUCAGUGGCACACCUUGAAAGAUGGCGUCCCUCACUUAACUGUCUACACUGCCUUUUUCUACUUCUCAGUCUCCUGUUUUGUGCUUGCUAUCAUUUUAAAUAUCAGCUUCCUCUAUCACCCAGUAUUGAACUUACCCAGAUCAUCCAUAAGGGCUUACCUGACAGAUUGGAACGGCAGAGGCUGGGCCUUUUUGGCUGGACUUCUAUGUGGGUUCGGGAAUGGCCUUCAGUUCAUGGGAGGUCAAGCUGCAGGAUACGCUGCUGCUGAUGCCGUUCAGGCACUUCCAUUGGUGAGCACUUUCUGGGGCAUACUUGUAUUUGGAGAGUACAGGAGAUCAUCAAGAAGAACUUACAUAUUGCUCGCAAGCAUGCUGUUCAUGUUCAUUGUGGCAGUGGCCGUCUUGAUGGCAUCCUCGGGGCAUCGGAAAUGAGCAAAGCCGGCUGCAGCAUCCUGGGCCUGAUGCUUUGCAUCAUGCUUCCAUAACAGGUGAAGGUUAGUCAGCCAACAGCAAGUGCAUUCUGCAUCCAUUCUGCUGAUAUAUUGUUGAAGCCAGAACCAUGAUGCUGCUGCUGCUGCUACUUCGCAACAUAUCCAGUGGAAGAAAAUUGAGAAGCCAAGUAAAUCAAGGAAAAUGCUCCAAUACCCUUAACUUAAGGUACUCAUACCCUAUAGCAUCUGAAUGCUACCACCUAUAAAGAUAGCAACUUUUUAAUUUGGGCAGCUAGUUGUAACUUCUUGUCCUUCCUAUUUCAUUUUAACUUACAAAAGUGAUAGGUUUUUAACGUUAAUAGUGGCUUUUAUGUUUAAGUUUAAA